AAAAAAAAAGAAAAAAAGAGGCAACGGCUAACCGUCUCUUUGUUUGUCAUAACUCUCUCUUCCUGAAACGUUAUGGCAAUCCAAGGCAAGCCCCCUAGCCUCUUUUGCCAUCAGUUUCAAUGCUCCCUUUACUCGCCUACUGCUUCUAAAUCACUUCUCUUCGGUGGGUCCUUCCAAUCCAGGGCUCAACAUCUCUGUAGAAAACCUCUCAGACUUAGCUGCAGCAGAUCAAACGCCAAUGAGCCACAAGAUGAUUAUCUGAUUGAUGCACCUGUUUCGGCUGGUGAUGGUUUUUCUUUUAGUGGAGGAAAAUAUUCAGAUGAGGCAAACCCAUCUGAUGAAUGGUUUAAGCAAGGAAAAUAUGUUAAAGCUCAUCCAGUUGGUGGCACUGGUGAGAAAGCUAAAGAUCCAAUUUUUGGACUAACCAUGGGAGCUGGCUCUCAAGCCUCAGGAGAUGUUUUUAGAUGGUUUUGCGUGGAAAGUGGAAACGCUGACAAUCAUACCGUUAUUUUGAUUCAUGGUUUCCCUUCACAGGCAUACUCCUAUCGCAAAGUCCUUCCUGUUCUCUCCAAGAAUUAUCGUGCUAUAGCUUUUGACUGGCUAGGUUUUGGAUUUUCUGAUAAGCCUCAACCCAGAUAUGGAUUUGACUACUCAUUGGGUGAAUAUGUCUCAGCAUUGGAGUCCUUUGUUAAUGAAGUUGCUCCGAAUAAAGUUUCACUUGUUGUCCAGGGCUAUUUUUCACCAGUGGUUGUUAAAUAUGCCAGCAAGCAUCAGGAAAAGCUUAAUGAUCUAAUUCUCCUCAAUCCUCCUCUAACAGCCAAACAUGCCAAUCUUCCCUCGACAUUAUCCAUAUUCAGCAACUUUUUGCUGGGUGAAAUUUUUUCUCAGGAUCCUUUGAGGGCCAGUGAUAAGGCCCUGACCAGCUGCGGUCCUUAUGCGAUGAAAGAGGAUGAUGCAAUGGUUUAUAGAAGACCUUAUCUCACAUCUGGUUCCUCUGGAUUUGCACUAAAUGCAAUCAGUAGGGCCAUGAAAAAAGAGCUUAAGGCCUAUGUGGAAGAAAUGAAAGUGAUUCUUAUGGAUAAAAGUUGGAAAGUUCAAACCACAGUCUGUUGGGGCCAGAGAGACCGUUGGUUGAGCUAUGAUCAAGUCGAAGAUCUCUGCGAAAGUUCAAACCAUAAGCUGAUUGAUCUUCCAAUGGCAGGGCAUCAUGUACAGGAGGAUUGUGGUGAAGAAAUUGGAGGAAUCAUUUCUGGAGUUAUCAGCCGAAGGAUCCUCAGGUGAUACGUUAUGAUUGCUUUUGAGCUCUCGGCACUCCAAACAGUGAUUCUUAUUUCGUCCAUGAAAGCAAUUUCAUUUUAAGGCUUAAGCCUUUUAAAGCUUGCAUUCCACGCAAGAUUCGUUUGAGCUGUGUUGACAUUCUUGUAAGAAAUCAAUUAUUUAGAAUCAUUAGCAUGCCUGCAGUGGGGGACCGCUAGUCCAAGCAAUAUUAUUCCCCUUGAGAACUUCAAAUAAAGAAUCUUUGCCUUUCCAUGGA